GCUUCUUCUUGUGUUAUGCAUCACUGUGGAGAAGAAAUGGAUACAGCACACAGAUCCUUUGGUGUUGACCCUCAAAUUUUGUUUUAGUUAACAACCUACAUAUUUGUUUCCUAUAGAUAGUAUAACUUUACUGAAAAUUACAGUAGUUGCUUUUAGGCUUUUGGUUAUUUAAACCUUCUUUUACUUAGUACACCACCAGUGCACCGUUUAAAAGCAUGCAUACAGUGUUAGGAAGUCCAUCCAGUGGAGUGGCAACUCUUUUAGGGUUAAUUCUGCUUUGGUAUCCCUUGUUGGUGACAAGUCAGAAUGACACUGAGCCCAUUGUACUGGAAGGUAAAUGUUUAGUGGUGUGUGACUCAACACCAUCUUCAGAACCAGCUAACAAUGCAUUGGGCAUGUCAGUACGCUCUGGCACCGGCCGAGUGGCCUUCUCUGCCACUCGCCAGACCAACCAUGAACCCACAGAUAUGAGCAAUCGUACCAUGAUCAUCUACUUUGACCAGAUCUUGGUGAACGUUGGUGGCCAUUUUGACCAGGAGAGCAGUGUCUUCUUAGCUCCAAGAAGAGGGGUGUACAGCUUUAACUUCCAUGUGGUGAAAGCUUACAACAGACAAACUAUACAGGUGAGCUUGAUGCUUAAUGGAUGGCCAAUGAUUUCUGCCUUUGCUGGUGACCAGGAUGUAACCAGAGAGGCAGCUACUAAUGCAGGAUUGGUGAUCAUGGAGAGGGGUGACAAAGUCUACCUUAAACUGGAGCGGGGCAAUUUGAUGGGAGGCUGGAAAUAUUCCACUUUCUCAGGUUUUCUGGUCUUCCCCCUGUAAAUUAAGUACACUUGAUAUAAUAAUAUUGGUUAUAAAACUGAUUAAAAUUAUAGAGCGUGGAAAAUAUUUCAUGUUGUCCAAGUAAUUUAGACUAGACCAACAUAUAAUAAAAUAUCAGAUGAUUUGUAAAGCUGCAUAUAAAAUGUAUUUUUAACAGAAAUUAAUUCACAGUAAAUUAAAGAUCAAUAAAGUAAUUGAGAACUAAGGCAAAUUAAAUGGCUCCAUUUAAAUGUAUUUCCUGUACAGUAUUGUACAAAAGUACUGUACAAAAUCACGCUUUUUUUUUGCAUUUUUUUUUUUAUGGAGAAAAAAGAAAAAAAGUCUGCUGAGAUGCGCAUGCAGAAAAGAAGUAUGGUGAGUUAAACAGUCAGAAGUCGAAGACUCCAGAAAAGCUGUAGCAAAUUAUCCAAGAUUUUCCGUCAAAUUUACCAAUUUUAGAAAACUGGACAAAUUGUACCUGCUCUUGUAGACAGCUAAUUCAAAAGAAUUAAAAGGAAGUGUGGUAAAUCCAGUAGUAAACUUUGCUUAGUUUAUAACUAUUUCAAGGCUCAAUGAUGUUCAAUGUUUUUUUGUCACAUAGUCACUUGUCCCCAAAGAAAAAGAACAUGCACACAAUAUAAUAGUAUAUAGUAGAAAUAGUCACUCUGCGAUUGAUCCUCAGAAUCUGGCUGCGCUUCCAUGAUGGGAGCACGAAGAAGAGUCUGUGUGCAGGGUGCUGGAAGUCUUGAUAGUUCUCAUGGCUCGCACCCUGCAAUUCUUGUUGUAGAUGUCUGUGAUGCAUGGAAGAGUCCUGAUCGUUCCCAGAAAAUUAAUUUUAAUUUGAUUUAGCGACUCAAUUAACAUUAAAUUUGAUAAGGCUGAAUUCAUAGCCAGUGCCUUUGGUCUGGAGAUGGGACUGUUAAAUAUUAGAUCAACACUUUUAUUAUAGAUAUCAAAUCAAAUCAAAUAAAAUCAAAUUUUAUUUGUCACAUACACAUUCAUACAGAGCAUCACGUAGUGAAAUUACAUGUAGCUUUUUACAACUGUCAAAAGUGGCAAAAGUACACACAUCCUUCACUCUAGUAGAAUCAAAUCAAA